AUGUCGAUUCAGGAGAGUAUGCCCAACCUGCCUAAAUGGCCUACUGAGACAGAGGGUCUGGAGGACCAGGUCCAGGUGUUUGGGAGAAAGUGGGGCCACAGGGAGAGGCUGAGAGAGAUGGCAGAGCAGCGCGACCAGCAGCUGGCAGAGAUACAGACCCACAACCACCUCCUGGAGCAACAGAGAGAGGAGAUAGCAUGGCAGCUUGGGGCUCUGGCAGGGCAGGGCAGCAAAGCCCACCUGGAGACGCUGCUGCUGGAGCUGAGGGAUCGGGAGGAGAGGAACGAAGAGACUCUACAGCAGCUCAAAGACCACAUCACUACCCUACAGCCUGGGGUCAAAGAGGUCAGGUUUGACUCACCCAACCCUGACCACAGGAAGGGGCAUAAUGUCGUCUUUGACCUAAUAUCCUCUGUGGAUGGACCCCUCUCCACCCAAAUAAGAGCUCUGAGACUGGACUACAUGCAGUCAGGUGGUUCUGAUCCGGCUGUCCUGGCCCAGAUGCAUGACCUGCAGACAGAGGCCCACACUCUGGAGCAGCAGGCCCAACCUGGGGCUGACAACAAUGGCAGGAGGAAGCUACUGUAUCGUCUUUACUUUGGUGCCUCUCUAACCACCCCUUCUCUCUGCCCAGGGGUGAAGCCUCCUCAGCGGGCUGGGAACUCAGAGGUCCUGGCUGUGGAGCAAGAAAACCAGAGACUGGAGGAAGAGAUCUUCAGAAUCCAGUUGGCCAGAGACAAACACCGUCGGGAAGACGAGCUCCAUCAGAUCCAGAGAGAACACACCCACUACAUGGCCAGCAUUCAGGCUGAGCUCGAGAGCCUUCGCAGGGAAGUAGAGAGAGCCAGAGAGGGCCCUAGGGACCGGAGGCUGCCCCCACCCCCUCCACCUCCACCUCUGUUCCCUGCCCCACCAGCCAUGCAUCCCCUUGCCCAGAUACAUGCCCCUCCAGCCCUGACCCAGCCCAGGCCCCAUUCCUCUCUCAAGGAAAGGCAUGUACUCGACCCCCUGGACUCCCUUGGGCCUGCGCCCUACGACCCUGCGUGAGUCCAUUAUGACUAGCACAUCUAUGUUGGCUAUUUCACUUUUCUAUAUGAGUAAA